CACCCCCCCCAGCAAUGGGGGGGGGGUUAUGGGGUGGGGGGGUCCCCCUUUACCCCCCCUCAGGGGGUAGUGACCCCCAAUAAAGGAUGUAAUGGCCCCAACCAGCUCCUCUGUGGCCUGUUGGGGGGUCACGGGGGCCUAUAGGGUGGGAGGGGGGGCUCGAGGGCCCUAUGGGGGGAUCAGGGACCCCUAUAGGGGAUGUUGGGGUGUUUCUAUAGGGGGCCAUAGAGCCCUAUAGGGCCUGGGGGGGAUCAAGGACCCCUAUAGGGGAUGUGUGGGUGUUUCUAUAGGGGGCCAUAGAGCCCUAUAGGGCCGCAAGGUUGGGGGGGGCCUUUGAGACUCAUCCAAUCAGAGCGCGGUAGUCGCAGGGCUCGCCGUCCUCUGUCCAAUCAGAAGGCGGAACGCUAAAUAAAGCCCUUUUCCAUCCAAUACCCAGCACCGUUGCUCCGGGCUUGGUUUUUUUCGCUCUGCCCAAUACCCAUCCCGAAUACUCCGCUCAGCGGCGGGCGGAACCAAUGAGACAGCGCCGUCUUAGCAGCGCUCUGCAGCCAACGGGCGCCCAAGAUGGCGGCGGCGUUGUCCGUAACGGCGCCGGGCCCGGAGCUGCCGGUGGCGGCGCUGGGCCGCGGCCGGGCCCCGGAGGAGGAGCUGCCGCCGCUGGACCCGGCCGAGGUGCGGAGCCGCCUGGCCCGCAGCGCCCGCCAGUUCCGCAACCGCCGCAAGGUGCUCAUCCGGGGGCUACCGGCCGACGUGAGCAACCAGGAAGUCCAUGACCUGCUCAGCGACUACAAGCUCAAGUAUUGCUUCGUGGAUAAGUGCAAAGGGACCGCCUUCGUCACGCUGCUCAACAGGGAGCAGGCGGAAUCGGCCAUCGCCAAGCUCCACCGGAGCCGCCUGCGGGAGCGGGAGCUCUCGGUGCAGCUCCAGGCCACGGACGCUCUGCUCUGCGUCGCCAACCUGCCGCAGCUCUUCAGCCAGCAGCAGUUCGAGGAGCUCGUCCGCCCUUUCGGCAACUUGGAACGUUGCUUCCUGGUGUACAGCCCCAAAACGGGCCAUUCCAAAGGCUACGGCUUCGUGGAAUACAUGAAGAAGGAUUCGGCGGCGCGAGCCAAGCUCGAGCUGCUCGGGAAGCAGCUGGGCACCCGGACUCUCUACGUGCACUGGAUGGACGCCAACCACUUGACGUCGGAGCUUCUCCAUUCCAAGUGCCUGUGCGUGGAUAAGCUGCCCCACAGCUAUUCCGACCUGGAAGAGCUGCGCCGCGUCUUCUCUGCCGCCGGCGCUCCCGCUUUCUGCCAGCUGGCCUACGGGCAGGACGGGCAGCUCAAGGGCUUUGCGGUGCUGGAAUACGAGUCUCCGGAGCUGGCGGAGCUGGUGCAAGAGGCCACGGAUGGGUUUCCGCUCGCCGGGAAUCACAUCCGAGUCUCCUUCUGCGCUCCCGGGCCUCCCGGGCGCAGCAUGUUGGCUGCACUGACGGCAGCGCAGGCAAUGGCACUGAACCGAGGGAAGGGGCUCCUUCCGGAGCCCAACCUGCUGCAGAUCCUGAGCAGCCUGGGCAAUCCCGCUUCCCUGCAGCUCCUCCUGGCUCCGCUGCUGCACGCCGGGAAGCAGGGGAUCCUGGGAGCUGCCCCCUUGGUGCCCAACCCAGCGCUCUCCACGCUCCUCCAGCUGGUGCUGCAGCACCAAAGCCAGCAGAGACCGGGAAUCCUGGGGGAGCCGCCGCUGAGCUCCCGGCCCCGCAGCGCCCUGGCUCCGGCUCCGGCGCAGCCCCCGGGGCCCAUCCUCCCCGAGCUCCCCGCCGGUGCGGACGCGCCGCCGGGCCGGGGCAGCGUUCCCGUUGCUGCUUUCCCGGCUGCGGUGGGGCUGGAGCGGGACGGGGGGCUCCGGGGGCCGCCGCUGCCCCCCCCCGCCGCUGCCCCCCCCCAGGCCCUGCAGGGGCUGCCCCCGGCCCUGCUGGGCUCCGUCCUCGGUGGCCUCCAGAGGCCGAAGCAGAGCGAGAGCGGAGCCGCGGCCCCCCCGGUUUCCCUCCUGGGGGACCCCCCCAAAGACUUCAAGAUCCCCCUAAACCCCUACUUGAACCUCCCCAGCUUCCUGCCACCACCCAGCUUAGGAGGUGGUGCCACCAAAGGCUUGAACCUGAACACGGGGGUUUUGGGAGGCAGCUCCAAGCCCCGGCUCCCGCAGCCCCCCCUGCCUACAGAUGCCUUCACCUUCGAUUGCCAACCGGAUUUGGGAUCCCGGAUUUACCCCCAGCCGCGGGACCAGGCCGGAGCCAUCCUGGGGGGCUUUGGGCACAGCAGGACCAAGCUCUCCUCCUCCCCAGGGCUGGAGCGUGGGGGGGGCGCCCCCCCCACCCUGCCCCUCUUUUACUCAGGCUCCCCCACUUCCUACUUCACCAGCGGCCUCCAGGCCGGGCUCAAGCAGAGUCACAUUAAGGCCCUCAGGCUGCCUCCAGCCACCUCCACAGACACCGUCCUCCCCUUGGCCCCCCCCAGCCAAGCAAAGAGCCCGGGGGGGGGGCAGAAACGAAGCUUCUCCCAGCUGCUGCCCCCCCUGGAGCCCAGCCCCAAGGGCUGCUAUGUGGGGCAGCACUCCCAGGGCCUGGGGGGGCACUAUGCUGACUCCUACCUGAAGAGGAAGAGGAUAUUUUAGCCCCCCCCGUGGCCCCCCCCCCCCAUUAAAUCC